GUGUGGUUGGAAGGCUCUGGUCUGAGUAAUGACGGGUCUCGGGAUCUGGAGGACGUUCGGUCGGUUUGCGCGGCUUCCUUUUCUCGCACCAUGCACGGUGCUGCUCUGCUUUCUGAUUCCAGAAUCUCUCUCCCACCCGCAGCCCUGUCAGAUUCUCAAACGGAUUGGACACACGGUGCGCGUCGGGGCUCUGCACCUACAGCCACGGCUCUUCAGUCACGAUCCCACCUUCAGGGGCAAGAAAGAACCCCUUGUCCCCGUGGAUGAAUGGGACACGGACGGAGGCUCGAGGGAGGCAGCGGAGAGACAGUUGGAAAAGAUUACCAAAAGUGUUAAUGACCACGGUUUACGCAGCCUAAGGACUAAAGGCACGGGGAACAACCAACAAAGGGACAGGGGGUCAAAAAGUAAAAAUAUGUACAAACAGGUGGAGAGCGGGAGUCGUGUGUUUAUGCCAAGAGAUUCUAUCAUAUUAGCCAUGGAGACGCUAAACCGCAUGGUCGGUUUGUUACCAUAUAAUCUCUCACUGGAGUUGGUGAUGGCUGUGGAAGCGGGGCUCGGGGAAUUACCCGCUUUCUCCUUCUCAUCUUCCCCUACCCCUGUGUGUGAAGACCCCAUGUCGUUUCUGCAGAGUGUUUGUCAUACUGUUAUAGUCCAAGGAGUUUCUGCUAUGAUGGCUUUCCCUCAGACCAGGGACGAGCUGGUGAAGUUGGAAUUCAUCGCGUCAGCGCUUCAGAUUCCUGUCAUCAGUGUUGUCCAGAACGAAUUCAAACGGCAGAGUAAGAACCCUCUCCAUUUCCAGAUGCCGAUGCAGAACCCGGCCCUGCCCCAGGUGGAGCUGCUCUACUCCCUGCUGGUGAUCAACAGCUGGUAUGACGUCAGCCUCCUGCUCUGUCAGGAAUGGAAUGUUUCCAGCUUCCUGGUUCGUCUCCGUAACAACACCAAGUUCCACCUGGGUUCUGUGGUCAACAUCACCAACUCCAGCACCUUGCCCAACUCUCACCCUAACAGCUCCGUCUCCAAGGCCGACUUCCAGACCUCUCUACGGGGAUACCUGGAGUCCAUCAAGGAGUCAACGUCUACAGUCGUAACAUUCGGCUGCGACAUCCGGGACAUCAAGAGGAUCUUUAACGUGGUGACCAAGCUGGGCCUGAUGCUGCCAGAGUACCACUGGGUGUUGGGGGACACGCAGGACGUGGAGGAGCUGAGGACCGAGGGGCUGCCGGCGGGACUGCUGGCCCAUGGCAGGAUGGGGACUCCCUCCCUGGAUCACUACGUACAGGAUGGGCUGGAGCUGGUGGCCCGGGUGGUGGGGUCAGCUGCGUACCUCUCCCCUGAGCUCGCCCUCAUCCCCUCCAUCACCAACUGCAUGGAUACACAGAGCAGGCAGAACAGGAACAUGACCUCAGGGAAAUAUCUGUCCAGGUUUCUGUCCAACACGUCGUUUGAUGGUCUGAGUGGUUUCAUCUCGUCCCAGGAGGAGACAGUGAUCUCCUCAGAGAGCCAUCACUUCAUCUGGUCCCUGCAACACGACCCCAUAGGGAAGCCCAUGUGGGCCAGGCUGGGCCGAUGGAAGCAUGGGAGGGUGCUACUGGACUACACUGCCUGGAACAACAAACAGCCAUCCCACCAGAGAGGUGACUGGCGGCGCCCGUCGCGGCUCCACCUCCGGGUGGUUACGUUAGUGGAACAUCCCUUCGUCUUCACCCGGGAGGUGGAUGAGGACGGUCUCUGUCCCGCUGGUCAGCUCUGCCUGAACCCCCUCACCAACAACACAGCCCUUCUCCAGUCUCUCUUCCUCCAGAUGCGGGGGCCUAACGACAGCAUUCCCAUGGAGUACAAGAAGUGUUGCUACGGCUACUGCGUCGAUCUACUGGAGAAACUGGCGGAGGACAUGGGGUUUGACUUCGACCUGUAUAUUGUAGGCGACGGCAAGUACGGUGGGUUUAAGAACGGACGCUGGACAGGGCUGGUGGGGGAUCUUCUCAGUGGAGCGGCCCACCUGGCCGUCACAUCUUUCAGUAUCAACUCGGCCCGGAGCAGGGUUAUAGACUUCACCUCCCCGUUCUUCUCCACCUCUCUGGGCAUCCUGGUACGGACCCGGGAUACGGCCGCACCCAUCGGGGCAUUCAUGUGGCCCCUGCACUGGUCCAUGUGGCUGGGGAUAUUCGUCUCGCUACACGUUACUGCCGUGUUCCUGACCAUCUACGAGUGGAACAGUCCGUUUGGGAUGACGCCGCGAGGCAGGAACAGAGAUAAGGUGUUCUCCUUCUCCUCGGCUCUGAACGUCUGCUAUGCCAUCCUGUUUGGCCGUACAGCUGCCAUUAAACCUCCUAAGUGCUGGACGGGGCGGUUCCUCAUGAAUCUCUGGGCUAUCUUCUGCCUGUUCUGUCUGUCCACCUACACAGCCAAUCUGGCCGCCGUCAUGGUGGGGGAGAAAACCUUCGAGCAACUCUCAGGAAUACACGAUCCAAAGCUUCAUCACCCAUCACAGGGGUUCCGCUUCGCCACGGUUCGGGAGAGCAGUGCCGAGGAUUACCUGAAGAAAAGCUUUCCAGAGAUGCACGAAUACAUGAGACGGUACAACGUACCAGCAACCCCAGAUGGAAUAGAACAUCUGAAGCAUGAUCCACAGCAACUUGAUGCUUUUAUCAUGGACAAGGCCUUACUAGACUACGAGGUGUCUAUAGAUGCAGAAUGCAAGACACUCACUGUGGGGAAACCGUUCGCGAUUGAAGGUUAUGGCAUCGGCCUGCGCCAGAACUCUCCCCUGUCCUCUAACAUCUCAGAGCUGGUGAGCCAGUACAAGUCAGACGGCUUCAUGGAUAUGCUGCAUGACAAGUGGUACAAGGUGGUGCCCUGUGGAAAACGGAGCUUCGCCGUCACUGAGACCUUACAAAUGGGCAUCAAGCAUUUCUCAGGCCUGUUCUUGAUGCUGUGUGUCGGGUUGGUUCUGUCUCUCCUCACCACCCUGGCUGAACACAUAAUCUACCGCUUUGUCAUACCCAGAGUCAAGGAUCCCAAGUUCAAGUAUUGGCUGCAUACUAGUCAGAGAUUACACCGAGCUAUGAACACAUCUUUCAACGACGAUAAACUGCAGACUGUGGCCAAGAAGGAAAAAAGGUGCAACGUGGGUAACCACCACCAACAACAACAGGAGCAGCCACGCGUACCAUGGACCAGCUCAGAGUCCAACUGCAACAGAAGGAAGCUGCCUCCUCAGGAGUCCCAUCUGGAGUACCCCCACUGUGACUGCCCUCUUCUUCCUCCUCCUCGGGUGAAGAGCCCCCUACAGGCCACCUCUAACGGGAGGACAGACCAGGUGGGUCUAAAAACCAGGACCAACCCCAUGCUGCAGGAGCUGUCAGAGCUGGAGACACACAUUACCAUCAUCAAACAGCAGCUGCACAUCGCCAUGAAGAAGAAGAGGGAGCUGGAGCAGUACCAGCAGACACAUAACAUGACAGAGUAGAGGAUUGGUACAAGCAGACACAUAACAUGACAGAGUAAUUACGCUAUAGAAAAGGUACCAAGUCAAUAGCGCGAGUGAAGACAUUACAAGCUGGUGAGUGAGGCUGUGAAGCUAACUCUGUUACAACUGCUACCAGCAGACACAAGAUAUCUGAAUAGAGGCUGGAGCUGCCAGCAGAUACACAACACCCCUGAGUAGAGGCUG